AUGCCCACCGGCCUCUCUGAACAAGGUGCUUCCGCCGCUUCUUCUCCGGCUUGUCUCAGCGUCCCCGGGACGGUGACCAUGGCCCCCGCUCUUUUGACCAACGGGAGUGUCCAGAGUCACCUCCCUCCGGCCGCCAGCAGCGCGCUCCCGGCACCGCUGAGGAACACCCAGAUGCCCCUGAACACGAAGGCCCCCAUAAGUCUUAGCCUGGUAACCGCAGCGUCCCAGCCGCUGGUGAAGACGGCCCCCUUGGGGCCCCUGGUGACCAAACUGGCCACUGUCAAUACCGUUCCCAAGACCAACAGUGGUCCUAGGCUGCCCGCACCCCAAGUUGUGGCCGCGAAAGCCCCCAACACAACUACGAUCCAAUUGCCUGCCAAUUUCCAGCUCUCGCCUGGAACUGUUCUGAUAAGAAGUAAUAGUGGUCAGCUGAUGUUGGUGUCCCAACAAGCUUUAGCUCAAGCUGAAACACCAAGCCCUGUGAAUGUAAGAGCAACAGUACCAUCAAGUACUCAUGCAGUCAAAAUCUGUACUGUGCCGAACUCUGGUACACAGUUAAUUAAGAAAGUGGCAGUGGCUCCUGUCAAGACAGUGGCUCCAUUAGGAAGUACUGUGGUAACUUCCUUCCAGAAACCUUCCAUAGUACAGUCUGUGGCUGCAACAGCCAGUGUUGUCACAGUUACCCCAGUUAAACCAUUGAAUACUGUAACUCCUCUGAAGCCUUCAGUUAUUGCAACACCAGCAGCCCCCUCACAAGAGAGCACCCAGAAAGUUGAGACUCCAGCAGCUGUAGCACAGACUGGUAUCUCUGUGGAAAUGCUAGAGAAUGUAACAAAAUGCAAAAACUUUCUUGCAAUGUUGAUAAAACUAGCAUGUGGUGGAUCUCAGUCCCCAGAAAUGGGGCAAAAUGUGAAGAAGCUUGUGGAAAAUCUUUUGGAUGCAAAAAUUGAACCAGAGGAAUUUACCAAAAAACUGUACAUUGAACUCAAGUCCUCACCUCAACCACAUCUUGUCCCUUUUCUAAAGAAAAGCGUGACUGCCUUACGACAGCUGAUGCCCAACUCGCAGAGCUUCAUUGAGCAGUGUGUUCAGCAAAGUCCUCCCCAGGUCGUCAUUCCUACGUGUGUCGCUGUCGCUCAUCCCCCUCCCGUUGUGACCACAGCUGUUUCUUCGAUCCACACGGAAAAGCCCCUCCUUGUUUCCACGGCGCCAACAGCGGGCACCGUCUCCAUUCAGACUGCGAGUCCAGUGGCUGGCCCCGGAGGCGUUGGAGUUGUCGCCCUUGACUCUAGAACUGUCACGCUCCAUUCUGUAAGUUCAACCACCAGUCCAGUGGGAGUAACAGCUGGAACUGUCUUCCUUCAGCCUGCAAAGCCUCUAGUGACCUGUGGUGCUACUACAGUAGCACCCGUCUCACUCCAGCCUGAAAAGCCCCUCAUCCCCGGGGCAGCAGGAACUCUGUCACUUCCAUCAACGAAACCCACUGUGACUUCUGGAGAAGUUGCGGGGCCAUCCAUUUCUCUUCCACCUUCAAAGCCAGUUGUGAAUUCUGGAGUAGCCACAUCUGCCUCUGUAAAGCCUGCCAUCGGGCCUCCUAUUCAUAUCAAACUUACACAACCUGGCUCCUUCCUUUCACAACCAGCCAGUACUUCACAAACUCUGAAAGUCAAACAGUUAUUUUAUUAUUUCCAGGUAGUACAGCAGCCUUCUGGAGGCAUUGUCAAACAAGUGACUGCCCUACCACAUUCCUCAGCCCUGACCAUUCAGAAAUCUGGACAAAAGAGGAUGCCCUUGAACACAAUAAUACAGACAAAUCAAUUUCCUACAGCUUCCAUUCUAAAGCAAAUUACCCUGCCAGGAAAUAAAAUUCUGUCUCUUCAAGCACCUCCUGUUCAGAACAACAAAAUAAAAGAGAAUGGAACAACAUCCUUCAGAGAUGAAGAUGACAUCAAUGACGUCACUUCCAUGGCAGGAGUCAACCUCAGUGAAGAAAACGCUUGCAUCUUAGCAGCAAACUCUGAAUUAGUUGGCACACUGACUCGCUCUCAUAAAGAAGAACCAUUCCUUUUUACGGGGGCUCUCCAAAAGAGAAUUUUAGACAUUGGUAAAAGGCAUGACAUUAUGGAACUUAACUCUGAUGUUGUGAACUUGAUCUCCCAUGCUACACAGGAGCGAUUACGAGGCCUCAUAGAGAAACUGACUAUAAUUGCUCAGCAUCGAAUGACAACCUGCAAGGAGAGUGAAAAUUAUGUCAUGUCUAGUGAUACCAGGUCGCAACUUAGAUUUCUUGAGAAGCUGGAUCACAUUGAAAAACAGCGAAAGGAUGAAGAAGAACGAGAGAUGUUGCUCAGAGCAGCUAAGAGUCGUUCUAAUAAAGAAGAUCCAGAGCAGCUGCGAUUAAAGCAGAAAGCCAAAGAGAUGCAGCAGCUUGAGUUGGCACAAAUGCAACAAAGAGAUGCCAAUAUUACAGCCCUUGCAGCCAUUGGACCAAGGAAGAAGAGACCACUGGACUCUGUUGUUGGAUCUGGAAUUGAGGGUUUAAAUGGCAAUGCCCUUGCCUCAGGGUCAUCCAGCCUGACUGUGACCAGACAGUUAUUUCGCCCAAGAAUUACUCGAGUCUGCCUCAGGGAUUUGAUAUUCUACAUGGAACAAGAAAAGGGGAUGAAAUAUUCUCGAGCUCUGUACCAUGCUCUUCUGAAGUGACAACUCCACCUUUCCAUCCAGACCCUUGCUACGUACUGCCAAAGAAGAUGCUGAAAGCAUUGUGGCCCUGUCCUGAUGUCAUCAAUGGCCAUUUCUGGAAGAUAAUCACCAUUGAGGAUAAUCUUUGUUUACUUUUGUGCUUUUAUUAAAUACCUACCUAAGCACCUGUAGAGUUUUUAAUAAAUAGAGUUCAGCUUUG